UGAUAACAACACCAAAAGUAUGGAUGAGUUCCGAGGAGUCGGUAUGUCUGGUGCUGUUGAGGGACAUGUCGUUCGCAGACAAUCCUGUCGUGAAUGUGAAGAUCUCGUCCAUAAACAAGCGACAGAUAUUCACUCAUAAAUCAAUGCCAUUGCGAUCAUCUUCGCAAUGCAUACGACUGCCAAUCGAUGAGAUUAGGGCCGACAGGGCUUUAGUGUCGGUGCGAAUGGCAGACCUAAUUGACGAGACACUUGACAUACGGGUUAAGCCCUCUCAGGGACUGACACUAAUUGAGACGUCAAAGCCUGUGUACCGGCCCCGCGAGAAGCUCCAGUUCCGCGUCAUUACCUUAAAUGACUGGUUGCGACCCAUCGACGGCCAGUUGGCUGUGGUGUCGGUCAUUAACUCAAGGAAUAUGCCGGUCAUGCAGUGGACAGACGUCACGAUCACCAAUGGUAUGAUAGGGUUGGAUAUGCCGUUGGCUGAGGAUAACUACUACGGCUUAUGGAAGAUACAGGUGUCCAACACCAAGAAUAUUCUGGCUGAAAAAUUCUUUAAAGUUCUCGAUUACGAGACCCCGAAUAUAAUGAUAUCAAUGGACCAAUCGGUCGAUUAUAUCCACUCGACUGACGCCCAGUGGGCGCAGAAAGUGUGCGUUCGGGACAGUUAUGGACAGCCGUUAAUCGGAAAGUUGAAAGUAUUUGCCAGUUAUUUCAAGUUUGAUUGGGAACGGCAUCAUAUGCUGCAACACAUGAUGCAGUACUCUCCCUACACUCUCAAUGAAGUACAGCUCAACGGCUGCUACGAUAUGGUUCUCAACGCGUCGACACUUCAGUGGAAUUCCGGUCAGAAUUCUCAACGGAAUCUUCAGCUUAGCCUUCAAUUUGUAGACCAAACUAACGGUGCCGUAGAAGAGAAAUACACGGAAAUACCGAUCGUGGACAAGGAGCUCAUGAUCAGCUACCCGUCCCUUAGGCUCCAGAAGCAGUACUUCAAGCCGGGAAUGCCUUACUUUGGACACGUGAUGAUCAUGAAACCUGACUAUCAGCCGGCGCUCGACGAACAAAAGCAGUACUUCAAGCCGGGAAUGCCUUACUUUGGACACGUGAUGAUCAUGAAACCUGACUAUCAGCCGGCGCUCGACGAACAAGUCUCUGUGUGCUACCAGAGCCGUGAGAUUCCGUGGGUGAUCAGGGAGGGUGACUACGUGUGCCAGCAAAUGAGCGCCGACAGCACCGGUAUGGUUGAGUUCAUAAUACCGCCGAUGACUGAGUCGAUCAAACAGAUGGAAAUCCGGGUCCAGUCCGUGAAAUACCCGUCCGUUACGAGAGCGAUGAUGUUGGAGCCCACCUAU